CUUCCUCGUAGCGAUUUUAAGCCCACUGGAGAAAAUUUAGUGGGAAAAGCUGUCUUAAGAUUCAUUUUAAGCGAUGGAAACCGAUGAAACGCCGCGCGUGCUUCCCUUUCAACUUCAAUUCGACAAACCAGUUGCCUCUCAGAUUAAAUUUGCGGAAUGGAAUCCGGAGAAAGAUUUACUGGCUAUGGUUACUGAGGACUCCAAGAUUUUGCUGCAUCGCUUCAACUGGCAAAGACUCUGGACAAUUUUUCCUGGAAGGUGCAUUACAUCCUUAUGUUGGCGUCCGGAUGGUAAAGCAAUAGCAGUCGGGCUCGAGGAUGGCACAAUUUCAUUGCAUGAUGUUGAAAAUGGAAAGUUGUUGAGAAGCUUAAAGUCUCAUAAUGUUGCUGUCGUGUCCCUUAAUUGGGAGGAGGACGGACAAGCGAUUAAAGAUGAUUCUGUUAACAGUUCAUCAUAUGAGGACCGCACAUCUUGUUUCUUCCCUCCUGCUCCAAGAGUUCCUCGGAUGCCUGGAUUGGCACCUGGAGAUACCGGCUUCAUGGAUGAUAGUGAAGAUUCAUUUCGUGAGCUUUCAAAUUCCUCAUACCAACGGUUUAACAUUUUAUGUAGCGGUGACAAAGAUGGAAGCAUAUGCUUUAGUAUAUUUGGAAUAUUUCAUAUAGGGAAAAUAGGAAGCUACUUUUCUAUCUUGAAAGUUGCAUUGUCAAAAGACCUUCGUCAUCUGAUAGUAAUGUGUUCUGGAGAACUUAAUCAUGAUGGGGUUGAAUCAGCCGAGAGACAGCUGGGUAUGCAUGGUUUUCAUUGCUUACUGCUCGAUAGUUCCAUCUUUUGGAAGAGGAAAAGUGAACUCCGUCAAAUUGCCCAACAAGCUUCUAACAUUGAGGAUUUAAUUGAAGUUAUUCGCACAUCAUUAUCAGUAAUGUCUAAGCAGUGGAAAGAUGCCAUGCUCACUUUCCAUGAGAAGUUUGAUUCUCUAUCUAGGUUAAUAAUGGACCAUGGUAACAUUUUUUCUGCAUAUCCAUUUGUUGAUUUCUAUCACAUGCAUAUAGGGCUUGAUUCAUCACCCCAAGAGGAGUUUCUGAGCCUCCUAGGUGGUGCCCGGACUAGCCCGCCAGUUCAUCAGUUUCUAGUUAACUCUCUGGGUGAAUUGGGAGUUAAGCGUGUGUCAAUGGUCAUUUGUGGUGCUGGAAAAGAGCUGCAGCAUGUUGUCCUUGAUCAUCUUCAGCCUGCUGCAGAAAUUAUUUGCUUCAGGAUGGGAGAACUUAGAGGUCUUUCUAGAUGGCGCACUCGAUUUCAGGGUAUUGGCCUGGACGAGACUCUUAUCAAUAAUGCAACAGAAAAAUCUGGAAUAUUAUUAUCACAACUUGAGAGAUUUAUGAGGGUGCUUUCCUCUGUGGUACAGCAGUUUUCAAACUUCUUUAACUGGUUGCUGAAGUGCAUAAAGCUACUUAUGCAAGAGCCAAGUGAUCAACUUCUACCUUAUAUCAGCGAACUUGUUAUAUUCUUGAAGUUCUUAUAUGAUCAAGAUCCUGUCAGGCCCUUUCUGGAGCUGUCUGAAGCUGAUAUCGAAACUGAAAUGGAAACAGUGCAAAGAGUUAGAGAAUUGGUUCAUUUUGGAGGAUUUUCUGAUUGUGAAUAUCUGAGGAGGACAUUAGCUGAAGAAUUUAAACAGAUGGAGAUUAGUUUCAAGGAGGCUUUCCUGAUGCCUUUUACUACAAUUUCGAGGAAGAUGCUUUGCAAGGAUGUGCUACCACUGUUCGCUCUUCCAUAUUCACCUGCAUCUGUAUCUUUCACGGUCCCUAUGUCUGUAACCUACUACAAGGAUGCCUCCGCUGCUAUCUCGUCAUAUCAGACUCCUGAACAUGGGUUUAUUGAUUAUAUUUCUUUCCAAAUCCCUGGUGACUCUUCCUCAAAUAUCGCUAAUUGUAUAGGCAUAUCAAGAGGAUUCAUGCAUAGUUUGAGCAAUCGUAUUGAGGAAUCUGCAUCUUUGGAAGCUAUCUUACUGUCAGUUCCUGAUGGUUAUCACUGUGUAGAUCUAUCGUUAUAUAAGGAUGGUCAAAUUGUUUUGCUAUUGAACGAAACCACUGAUGCUUCUGAAAGCUCUGGAGAAUCUUGUAUGAUGAUCGUCCAAGCUAAUGAACUCCCAUUUCUGUCCAUUCCAAGAUCCAGUUGUGUAAACACCUGGAACCUAGAUCAGCUAAAGGACUCGGUUAUGCACCUACAACCGGAGAAUGAAAAGGUUCGGAAUAUCCCACACUCUGUAGUUGCUCCUCUGGCGGUUAGCGCAUCAAGAGGUGUAGCUUGUGUUUUUGCUGCAAGGAAGCGUGCCUUGGUCUACAUAAUGGAUGAAGAUGAAGAUGAUGUUUCAGAUACUGAAUGACUGAUCCCUCCCUAACUGUUGUAUUCUUUGUUAAACUAUAUUAUG